AACACUCCCUGCUCCCAGAAGAACAGGGAGAGGGAGAAAGAUGGCGCCCACACACGUACUGAGAUGCUGUCAACGGUGUUUAGCCUGGAUCCCUGUGAUUUUUAUCGCCCUUGUCGUCUGCUGGUCCUACUACGCUUACGUGGUGGAGCUUUGUUUGUACACCAUUACCAUGAUGGGAGAGCGGAUUGUCUACCUGAUCUUCUUCCACGUCUCUUUCGUCAUGUUUGUGUGGUCUUAUUGGAAGACCAUCUUCACCAAGCCUGCCAACCCUUCCAAAGAGUUUUGCCUGCCAAAAGCCGAGAAGGAGCGCUACGAGAAGGAAGAGAGGCCAGAGUCCCAGCAGGAGAUCCUGUGGCGAGCCGCCUCCACCCUGCCUCUGUACACUCGCACGGGCGCCGGAGCGAUCCGCUAUUGCGACCGCUGUCAAGUCAUCAAGCCAGACCGGUGUCACCACUGCUCCGCAUGCGACAUGUGUGUGCUGAAGAUGGAUCACCACUGUCCUUGGGUGAACAACUGCGUCGGCUUCUCUAACUACAAGUUCUUCAUCCUCUUCCUGGCCUACUCGUUGGUGUACUGUCUGUUCAUUGCUGCCACGGUUCUACAGUAUUUCAUAAAGUUCUGGACCCUUUGUCGUAGGAAAUCGGCAGAGAACUGCCCAAAGAAUGAGCUGAAUAACUCUGCCAAAUUCCACGUCCUGUUUCUGUUUUUUGUGGCGGCCAUGUUCUGCAUCAGUAUUCUCUCCCUCUUCAGCUACCAUCUGUGGCUCGUAGGGAAGAACAGGUCCACAAUAGAGGCAUUCAGAGCGCCGGUCUUCAGAACAGGCUCAGAUAAGAACGGUUUUUCUCUGGGUUUCCGGAAGAACAUCGCUCAGGUCUUCGGCGACCAGAAGCAGUACUGGCUGCUGCCGAUCUUCACCAGUCAGGGGGACGGUCUGACGUUUCCCACCCGAUUGGUCAACGCUGAUGCAGAGCAGGCCACGGUCACUCUGCAACCUGAUUCCAAUAAAUGUGUGCCGGAGGUCUCUGUGAGCCCCCUCAGUGAGUCACAGAACCGCCUUCUGAGCAACGAGCAGCAGGCCAACAACACUGAAGACCACCUGGCCGAAAACUUCCUCAAAUCAGCCGAGAGUGAAACCGUCACCAUGGAGAGUGAGUCCUAACCAGGCGAAACACAUGUCAUCUAAUGCGAUGCCUUAAAAAAAACAAAACAAAAAAAAAACCCAAACAGUCUUGUUCAUCACUAUGGCAACAGUCCCCAUAAGUGGAUUCCUCACGGAGACAUUCAGAGAACCUUUUUGGAAACGCAGUCCACUGGCACAGGGCACCACAGUAUUGCUUUAAUAGCCUUGGCGUUUUUGCAUGCAGUGUUGGAUGGACAUCUCUUAAACACGGGUUCCCCAUCACCACACUCGGCUCGGACGCAUUUCUCUCCUUUUGCUUUGCAAGUGUAAGAAGAUCUACAGGAUUCUUCAGUUGAACUGUUUUUUUUUUUUGUUUUUUAAUAUAAUUAUUCUUAUUUUUGUGCCAAAAGACUCCACGAUGCACCUGAUCUCAGACGCGCCAAGGGCGCUGUAAAAUGUUUCUGCAUUUUUUUAAACCAACCCAUAUAGUGGAGAUGGAUCCUUGCUACCCAUUCUGUGCAUCUCAUAGAAAAUUAUAACGCUGGAGUGAUUAUUAUUAUUAUUAUUUUUUGCACCUUUUGGAGAUGGAUGUUUCUGCCACCAAAACCUGGACCGUUGCAGAGGACUCUACCCCACGGUUCAGUGGACUGUGCCUGUCCUCGGCAUCAAAGACUGGAGCCAGACUUUACGUGGCGAGAUAUUUGAGCACAAGAUGGCGCAUUUGCACUUUGUUGAUAUUAAUUGUCCAACAAAACAGCAUUUUUUUUUCCUUUCCUUUUUUUUUUUUUUUUACUUUAACGUAUCCAAACGAUAUCAAUGGUGUGACAAAUGUUGUUUAUGUUUAUGUGUUACAGCUCAAGUCACAGUCAUCAAAAACUGACUGAAAGGAUUAGCUCAAAGUGUCUUCGUGGCUAGAUGGCGUUGAAUUAUGCUGCUUUAAAAAAAAUGAAACAGUUGAACCUGGAAGGUGUUUUACCCAGUGCACUCUGGCUAUCUUCUUUUUUUUUUUUUUUUUACUGUCUGGUGGUUGAUUUCCGCAGCUCACAGCUUCAACCUUUACCAAGACACCUGCUGCCAAAUAAGGGCUGAGAUGUCAGGUCUGACAUCUGAACCUGAAGUGUUUACAGCAUCUUAGCUUUAUCCUAACCUCACAGGCCAGUGUCAUCACAUCCCGAAAUGGAUGCAGCAGUUUCUGUGAUACAUUUUUCUGAACGCUUUUAUAUUUCUCUGAAACUUGUUGCUUUACCAGUUUCAGACAGUAGGUGGAGAGAAUGUGCUUUUUUUUGUGUGCACCAAGGCAGAUGCAGUUGAAACCAGAUGUUCACGUACUUUAAAAAGACACAACCUUAUUCUUUACGCCUUUUCUGAUUGUAAAUCACACAGAACAUUUCCUGUUUUAGUUCAGUUAAGGUUACCGCAUUACUUUCUGUUUGCUAAAUGCCAGGUUAAUGAGGAACAGUUUGUGAAUUUUAGAAAACUCUCGUAAAAUUGUUUUUUAAACUGUCUGUAUUGGGUUUAGCGUUCUGGGUGUCUUUCCAUAAACCACUUUGUGGUGGUAGAAUUAGGGUCAUUGUUCAAAUGGGAGACCUGUUUUUGCCUGGGCUUUAACUUCCUAGCAGAUGUCUUCAGAUGCUGUUUCAGUGUAGUCCCUAUUAUUAGAGGGGGCCAACUGUGUUGUGAAUCACACCAGUUUGCAGUAAAACAGCCACAUGAUACCGUCCUCCCCGUACUUCAGUUUGGGAUGGCAUGCUAUGGCUGGCAAGCUUUAUAUUUCAUUCCUCUCUGUCAAAUGAUGGUAGUGAUGGACGAGUAUUCUCCGACUGUAAUGUGUGUGUUGUUUUUUUUAAUGUUUGUUUUGGAGUAGCGGUUUCAUUUUUGCUGAGUGCUGUCUUUACAUCAUCAUGUGGGUUUUUCCCAAAUUACUCAAAGGUGGAGCUGGGCAAUAAAUCAAUAACAAUAUAUAUCGCAAUGGAUGAGUGAUCGAUAUCAACAGAAAAUACAUCAAAUAGAAUGUUCAAUAAUUUCAGUGAAGUCCGACGCAGAACCACACAGCAUUCUGGGGGGCGUAGGCAGAGGGAAGGCGUUUGUCCCACAACUACUGACGGCUAGCUUAGCAAGAUGGGUGGCAUCAACUAACUUACCCAUUGUUUUGUUACCUAGCAACAACCUUGUUGAGUAAGUUUUGUUUCUAAGCAGUUAAGGAGCAUGUGGCAAGAUGAAAACAAAAAAAAAUUGGAGUGGAAGGGGAAAAUGAGUACAAAAGCUUGGCGGUGGAUAAAACAUGAAAGAUUAUGCCAGCGAUUUGGCAGUAUUUUACAUAUUUUAAAGGAAAAACUAAUCAAUAAUUAUCAAUAUUGACUGAUAUGAAAUGUUUAUAUUGUGAUAUGUUUUUAAAUCAUGUUACCCAGCCCUAAUUGAAGGCAUCAUAAUUCAAUUAAAAAAAAAUUUUGUUGAUCCCAAAAGGACAUUAAAUCGAAUAAUCUGAUUGGAUGUCAUUUUUGACUUUGAAGAUAUAGUAGAGUUUGUUAAAACCUUAUCUCUGAUUAUUCUUGCAUUUUGCAAAAGAAAAAAUUUCUUUAUUAGAAUGCGAUUGCAAGAAAUGUGCAUUUUUUUUAACUGUUUAUCUGGUUUCAAAUGUAAAAGUCUGUUCUGUUUCUUUUUUCUUACUGCAGUUUUUUCCCCCCCAGUUUUCAUGUAUUUCGUCAGUGUUAGAUCAUUGUGGAUCGCUUUACUGUGAUAAACCAGCCAGAUCUCUUCUGAAAGCGAAUCAGACCCCUCUGACCAGAGUCGACAGUGGCUGAAGUUCAAAUUGUGCCCGUUUUCAGAACUGCCGAAGGACCCUAAGCUUGUUCGAGACUCUUGCUGUAUUUGGUCUCAUUUCAAAAUGUCGAACACGGGUUUCCUGAAUCCCAGAGUCGGCUGGGAUCUGUAGAAACCUGUCGCUGGAUGAGCCCCUCCACAGAACAGAUCCCACCAAACUCUUUGGUCGUGAUGUUUACAGCCUGUUCAUGUUGAGCUUGGUGCGGUGAAACGUCGUGAGAUUUCUUCGGAAAUCUUAACUUCAGAGUUGUGUCUUUCUGGGUAUGGUUAUUAUUAUUUUUAUGCUUUACAAACCAGCGAAUGAGGGGUUUUGUUACUGCACUAUCACACUGUGGUUAGAUCUCAAAAGUACUAGACUAAGUUACUGUAAGGGAUCGCUGUCCAAGCCAAGGUUCUGUCCUGAUUAUGUAUAGCUCAUGAAAGAAAAUGGUUUCAGAAUGUUCUUGUGUUGCACGUAAGGAACUCACAUCAGACCUGCCGUCUUGUUUUACCGUUGCCUGUAUCCUCUGCCCGGCUGUUUGACCCCCCCAAGCAGAGUGUGGGGGUGUGCGUGUGUGUGUGGGCGCGUGUGUGUGUGUGUAUUUUGUAAUGCUUCAUUUUAGUGUCUUUUUGUAAUAUUCUUGUAUUGGGAGGAAUGCUUCUGUGCAACAAACUCUGGCUCAAAGCAUGGCACCUAACUUCUGUAAAAGGGGGGCAGGGAGGGAGCUUUAUUUUAAAACUGGGAGGGGGGGAGAGGAAGGGUUGGUGUGAAAUUGUCAAUUUUUUUCUGAAAUUUUUGCAAGUCAUGUUUUCAACAAGCUUUACUCUUGUCUGUAUAAACUGAUUAAAUGAAGCCAUAAAAACUCCUGUGAAAACAGAAGAAGGAUCUGUUGACUUUGGUUAUCUUUUAUACAUUGAUACCAUGCUACAUCUGUCUCCACAGUUCAGGUUGUAGCCCAUCAUAACUGCUCAUAUCUUUUUAUGUUCUAUUUUAAAGUGUGUGUAUUAUAUAAGCAAACAAAAAAAAUUACUAUAUAUAUUUUUCUUGUCUCAUUAAUUUCAUUGUACCUACUUAUAAGUACAUGCCUCUUAAUUAACUGGGAAAAUAACAAUAAAUGUCUUUUU